AUGGCGCGCGACUGGGCCACUGCCCGAGCUCAUGCCGCACCCUAUGCUGCCUUCCACGCUUUGCACGGCUUCGUAACGGUCAGUGGAAGUGGCGCCGAUGAGGCACUGGUGCCUUAUCUUCCUAGAGGCUAUGACCUCUUGGACACUAUGCCAGACUGGACAUCGUAUCGACUGAGGCUGUCAUCGAUGCCAGUCUUCACGCACAAGGAUAUCACCCGAUCUUCAUCAGCGAGGCUGCUACUUCACGAGAACCUGAUGUACACCGUAGAACACAUAACCAGUGGCCCUGGAUCCAAAACGGUCUUCAGCGCCAGCGUCGUGGAGUUUGCGCUUCGCGCGGCCUUCGUUCUUUUUGUCGAGGAUUCCCGCAAGGUCAGGAAAGACAGGCAGACGCCACAGGAUGUGCCGAGGCAUGCAUUGGAGCGAGCAAACUCUGCCCGCGACCCUAUCCUCAUGCGAGAUGUGAAUGAUGCGAGUGAUCGGAGUGAUGAAGAAGCUCCAGGAGCCGCCAAGGAGCCUCAUUCGAAAGCCGCAAGCAUCGACAUGGCCAAGGAGCUCCAUCGGCACACCGGCAUGUUGUCGUCCUGGCCAGAAUAUGUUGCUUUUCAACGACUGGCUGCUCAGAUCAAAGCAGAAGGCCGAUCGGUCACCAGGUUGGACUUGGAAAGCUUCCAGUCGGAUGGCGACAACAAGAUGCAGGUGGAGUCUCAACAAGACGCCCACGCCGCAAUGACCGGAUACACAACAUCAGACAGUGAGGACGAAGACCACGAUCAGGGGAGCAGCGAGUUGCGGAAAGCCUGCCGAUCAAAGGUGUCUGCCAUGUUCUCGGAUUGGCCCUUCCACCGUGGACUGCCCCUGGAGGAUCUGCGGCGCGGCCUGGCCCUGGUGCGACAAGUUCCGCGACAAGAGCUACUGGUUUGGCUGGAUGUCUUCGAAGCGCAUCGUGUGGCGGAGCUCCUUCGGGCAGACCAAAUCCUGCGACGCGUUGCCAUCAUCAAGGAGGCAAGUGUGGAGGCGAAGCUUGUCGUCUCGGAUCGGACCAUUGGGUUCGGUACACAGACACGCAAAUGGGUCGCCACACUGCAGCAGGAGGAGACGAAGCUUCAUGUGGCUUUGAAGUGGGCCCGGUUUCUCUUCUGGUAUACCUGUGGGCAGUUCAUGGUCUUCAAGGUCGCCCACCUGAAAUGCAUCAGGGAGAAGCGGCAAAGAAUUGUGAGAAUCAAGAGUGUCAGAGAGGCAGCGGUUCCUCCGGCUCCUGUUCCUGCACUCGAAUCCAUCCGUGCCUUCACCGUUCAUGCCUCCACCCUCGUGGCUCGUGGUAUCUGA